GAUCACUGAAGUCAAGCAACGUUGAGCGCGGUUAGUACUUGGAUGGGUGACCGCCUGGGAACACCGUGUGCUGUUGUCAUUCCUUUUGUCUUUUUUUUUUUUUAGAUCCACAUUUAAACUUCAAUUCUAUGCAACAAUACGGAUAUAAAGUUCAUACUUGAAAUAAUAUAAUAAAAUAAUGAGAAAAACGUAUGUGGUACCAGCGUUUCUGAACGGUCAUCCUGAACACUAACCGACAAAUCUGUCGAUCAGCUGUUUCAAGAUGACAGCUGAUCCAGCGCGUUGCGGCGACGCGGCUCAGGAAAAGGAGGGAUGAAAUGACGACGACAGGUUGUAUGUUUUGCGUUGUGAUAAGAGAAACGUAACUGCUAAAAAAAAUGGCUACGAGGAAUCUGACCGAGCCUUUCGUUUUGAUGAGGAAUAAUGCUCUACAGAGUAGACGCAUCUAUGCCGAACAAAAUCUUAACGAGCGCGUGGCACUGGUGGACUCGGAUUCUGGAGCUUCCGACAGUGUCUAAUCAUCGAUAAUCGAUAAUCGAAACAUCGCGAGUCGACGCGUGCGCGGUAAAGCGCCGCACACUUCACAGAACAGAGAACCAAAUCAAAAGUUCGCAUCUUUACUCGGUGAAUUGAUUUGAAUGUGUGAUACGCACAAAGCGUGGUUGUGAUAUCGCGGCAUUCAAAGGCGGGAACACGUCCUGGAACAGUUCGUUUGCACAAAACGUGGACAUUCUGGCGCUUGUCGAUGGGAACGCGCGAAACACGCCCGUGGCCGUUCUCGAGUUUCUGUUUUUGAUACACAAUUCACUUCGCAACGCAGAAAUCUAGAUUAACCUCGAUCGCUUAACCUCAAAAUAGCACUCGAACGACUCGUGGGCGUUCGUCCGCCUACGUAGAGGAAUAAAACUUAAUUGAAGCAUUCAAUCAUCUUGUAUGUGCGUGAGAUCUCGUUUAAUUGAACGAGAUGACCCGUACGUGAGUUUAACAUGGCGAAUCAUCGUCUCGUUGCGCCAAUAACGUCUUUCGACGAGUUGACGCACGUUCGCCGGAGCUCGAGCACGUCGGAGUGAGAUGCGGCGGUUACAUCGAUGACAUAACAUGAAACCGCUUGGCGCGCCGCAAUAAUGCGCCUCAAAAUCAUCAGAGUGGUCCUGGUGCUCGCGCUGUUAGGCAACAUCAUCGUCUGGCACAGGAUAUGGCGGUUGUUCACGGCGCAGAACACUCUCGGUCUGCUGACGCCAAGCGUUGCGACAAACGAACCGCCGCAGAAGCUUCACCGGCGAAUAGCUCGCAUGGUCACCAUAGUCAUCAGACAGUUCGAGAGCUUCGAGAACGACGUGGCGUCAUUGGUGGGAUCCGUCUUGAAUUCCUUUCCGGGAAUACCGAUUCUGAUAAUAUGCGACGAGCUGCCGUAUCCGCCGUUAGAACUAGAUUUUACUAACAAGAGCAUGAGAAACGUCAAGCUGAUCAGCUUGCAGCCUGAAUUCAACAAGUCCUUCGAGGAGAGAAAUCCUCUCUUCUACAUACGUACCAAGUUUGUCUUAUUCUUGCCUGACGCUACUAGAUUAUCGACUAAGCAAGUUGUACAGGAGACUGUUUCACAAGUGUCAAAUCUAGGAAUAGUUGUUGUACCAGUAGGUAAAAUUGUCUUGCAUUGUCUUGAAUUAGAUUUAAGAGUGAAAGAAUGGAGUCUGAAGGUAACGCGAGUCACAGGAACGGAAUGCGAUAGUGUAACAGGCAAGCAUGUGACUAUGCUUGAAUCGAAAAUUUUGAGAAAGCUGUCAGAUCCCUUCCUGCUGCCUUUCACAGACUCAUUGUAUAUCCAGACAACGGCUAUUGGCGCAAAGGUACACAUAUUGAAAAAUUAUCAAUUCAACGAGGGAAAACCGCUGUACAGAAACCAACAAGCGCAGGUUAAGGUGCAACAGCUGUAUCGCGCGCGAGAGCGAUCGAUGUUCGAAAAAUUGGGAAUAAAAAAAGUAACCAGGGCUUCCGGUUCCGUGGAGUGGUACGGUUGCACGCGGGAGACCGCGAGGUGUUUCGGCUCGGUGAUAAACGGCGUACCGUCGUAUAUCUAUCAGCAUCGAUACACACCGCCUUGUUGCCUGGCUGGACUGAGAAAAGUCACCCAUCACGUAAUCGACAAGCUGGAGGAAGUUGGCAUACGAUUCUGGCUGGAAGGUCAGUCGUUACUGGGAGCCAUGAGGCACGGCGACAUUCUACCGUGGGAUUACGAGGUACAAAUCGGUCUGAAUCGGGACGAUCUGGCGAGAUCGCCUUGGCUGAUGCGAGCCACGAGCAAGCCGGUCGUCGACGACGACGGUUUUGUUUGGGAAAAGGCGACGGAGGGCGAGUUUUUCAAGGUACAGUACUCUCGAGUGAACCGUUUACACGUGAGUCUGUUGCCGUUUUACGCGUGGAACGGCUCGAUGACGAAGGACGCGUGGUUUCUGAAGAAUCGGAAUUUCCCAGAACACUUUCUGCAUCCGAUGUCAAGCAUCGACUUUACUGGUAGACAAGUACCGUGUCCGAAUAACAUUAGGGACUUUCUAGAGCUCAAAUAUUUCAAAGGUGUAAUAGAAAAUCCGGAGUUGUCUAGUAAAUUUGUCGUCGAUUAGUUCAUUUUUGAUUAUACGAAUGCGAAUUCAUUCGCGGUAGGUACAUGACGGAAUUGUUGUUCAAACAAUUUUUUCGCACAAAAACUGACAUUUUUCCAAAAAAAAAAAAAGAUCAGUCUGUAUUUAUUGUUAUCGAAAUUGACAACAGUGUUGUGUGUAAAUGUAUCCAAUCGAUACUAGGAGUUAUUUAUGCAUGUGAGACAUUGACGUCUUUUAAACAAAAAUUGCAAUUUGUCAGCAAUAUUCGUCUGACAUGAUGACUUGUUAUUGUAAUAUUUCUACAUGCCUUAUUCGGAUCCUUCUUCGAUGAGAAGCAAUGACAAAUAACUAUUGUGGAAUGUUAUUUCUGUGUCUCUGAAUCAUUCGAUUUGGAAUAGGGUAAUUCGCAGACUUCCAUUCUUGCAUGAAUCGAUCUGUUAAUAUUGUGCCAAAUGAACUUCGUAUUUUUAAUUAGAUUUGCAAAUAUAUAUAUAGAUACAUUUUUCAAGUGUAUAUAUCCAUACUUCUAUUAUUACAAAUAAGGUAGUUAUUGUUUAUUAUUGGACAGAUAUAUAUAUAUAUAUUAGAUAAUAUAUUAGAGAAUUUUACUCUAAUCUCUGUGCUAGAGAAAAUGAAAACUGAAUAUUUA